CUACAACAACAACGUCAACAAUACAACAUUCAGCAACAUUUCUCUUAUAUCUUUCCGAAUUGAUUCACCUUCCAUGAUGCCUCUCACUAAGUACAAGGCCGCCGCUGUCACCUCCGAGCCCUGCUGGUUCGAUCUCGAGGCUGGCGUCCAGAAGACCAUUGCCUUCAUCAACGAGGCCGGUGAGGCUGGAUGCAAGCUCAUCGCUUUUCCCGAAGUCUGGAUCCCAGGUUACCCAUACUGGAUGUGGAAGGUCAACUACCAGCAGUCGCUUCCUAUGCUGAAGAAGUACCGCGAGAACUCCCUUCCUAUCGACUCUGAGGAGUUCAAGCGCAUUCGUCGCGCCGCUCGUGACAACCAGAUCUAUGUCUCCCUCGGCUUCUCCGAGAUUGACCACGCCACUCUCUACCUUACCCAGGCCCUGAUCGACCCCACUGGUGAAGUCAUCAACCACCGCCGCAAGAUCAAGCCCACCCAUGUCGAGAAGCUCGUCUACGGUGACGGCUCCGGUGACACCUUCAAGUCUGUCACUCAGACUGAGCUUGGUCGCCUUGGCCAGCUCAACUGCUGGGAGAACAUGAACCCCUUCCUGAAGUCCCUCAAUGUUUCAGAGGGCGAGCAGAUUCACAUUGCAGCCUGGCCUGUCUACCCUGGCAAGGAGACACUCAAAUACCCUGACCCAGCCACCAACGUUGCUGACCCAGCUUCUGACCUUGUCACCCCUGCUUAUGCUAUCGAGACUGGUACUUGGACAUUGGCGCCGUUCCAGAGGAUGAGCAAGGAGGGUCUGAGGAAGACUACACCUGAGGGUGUUGAGCCAGAGACUGAUCCUUCGACUUACAACGGUCACGCCCGCAUUUACAAGCCCGACGGCACCCUUGUUGCUAAGCCUGACAAGGACUUUGAUGGCCUUCUCUUCGUUGAUAUCGACCUCAACGAGUGCCACCUCACCAAGGCUCUGGCUGACUUCUCCGGGCAUUACAUGCGCCCCGACCUCAUCCGCCUUCUCGUUGAUACUCGCCGCAAGGAGCUUGUCACCGAGGCCGAUCCUCAAGGAGGCAUUACUACUUACUCCACCCGUGAGCGCUUGGGCUUGAACGUGCCGCUCGAUGCGGAGAAGGGCAAGCAGAAGAGCGAUGUUGGCGCUGCUGGACUGAAGGUCGAGAGCUCCAAGGCCUUGUAAGUGCUCUCGUGAUAGAUUGAUCUCAACCGUAAAUAGUGGCACGGUUCUUUCUUUAGCAUUUGCAUGUACAAUAUCUCCGCUCUAGAUUUCCUAUGCAAAACUAAGCUUGUCUUU